GCCCGGCCCUGCCCCCGGUGCGGCGGGGUCGGGCGUCGAGGGGGUGCAGGCGCUGACGGGAGCGGCUUCCGCGCCCCGGGGCUGCGCGGCGGCUGCUGGGCCGCGUCCCGCGGACCCGUCUGGCGCCGGAGCAUCCCGGGCACCGCGAGGCGGCCGCUGCUGGGCGGCUCUGGCUCCGGCUCGCUCCUUCCCGCUGCUCGGCCGCCCUCCGGUAAAGCCGCCGAGGGGCGUUCGGCGCAGCAGCAGCGCGCUGCCGGGAGCGGGCUGUGUCUGCUCGAGCCUGUGGGCCUUGCCUCUGCAUCUGAACGCUGGAAGCCAACAUGUCUCGAGAGACUGGAAAUGAAGUGCAACAGUCUCAAGGUGCCCAACAGUCACAGAGUGGUACCAGUUCCUCUUCCAGUGCAUCACAGAGUGCUAGCCAGUCAUCGUCAAGUUCUGGGACCCUCAGUUCUUUGGACACUGUUCCCACUCAGGAGCUUCCAUCAAUUCCUGAGGAUCAGGAAUCUGAAGAACUUGUUCCUCAGCCUUGGGGUCGACUCUUUGCACUUGGAAAAGGUUUCAGCAAUUGUGAUUGUGUGAAUGAUGAAUACUGGUUUGGAAGAGACAAAAGCUGUGAUUAUAGUUUUUCAAAGCUAGGAUUAUCUGAGACUGGCUUCUACCAAAACUAUAGCAAGAAGCACUUCCGAAUUUUUAGGGAAAUGGGUCCAAAAAAAUCCUAUGUUGCCUAUAUUGAAGAUCACAGUGCAAAUGGAACUUUCAUUAAUAGAGAGCUCAUUGGAAAAGGGAAGAGACUUCCACUGACUCACAACUCUGAAAUUGCACUGUCUAUUCAGACUAACAAGGUGUUUGUAUUUUCUGAUCUUAUGGUGGAUGAUCAGUUGGUGUUUCCUAGAGAAUUCAGAGAGAAAUAUAUCAUGUCAAAGACUUUGGGAAGUGGAGCCUGUGGAGAAGUCAAACUGGCAUUUGAGAAGAGCACUUGUAACAAAGUUGCAGUAAAGAUAAUCAAUAAACGGAAGUUUAUGGCAAGUGGUAUUAGAGAGGCAAACCCAGCUUUUAAUAUCAACACAGAAAUUGAAAUAUUGAAGAAAAUAGAUCAUCCUUGCUUAAUCAAGAUCAAAAACUUCUUUGAAGCAGAGGAUUACUACAUUGUUUUGGAAUUGAUGGAAGGAGGAGAAUUGUAUGACAGAGUGUCAAGGCCAAUCAAGAUGAAAGAAGCUACCUGCAAGUUGUAUUUUUAUCAGAUGCUACUGGCUGUGAAGUAUCUUCAUGACAAUGGAAUUAUACAUCGAGAUCUAAAGCCAGAGAAUGUGUUACUUUCAUCUUCUGAAGAGACAUGUCUGAUAAAGAUUACAGAUUUUGGACAAUCCAAGAUUCUUGGAGAAACUUCUCUUAUGAAAACAUUAUGUGGUACUCCCACGUAUCUUGCUCCUGAGGUUCUAAAUUCACUUGGGACUGCUGGAUACAGCCGAGCUGUGGACUGCUGGAGUUUAGGAGUUAUUCUUUUUGUAUGCUUGUGUGGAUAUCCUCCAUUUAAUGAGCAAAAUACUCAACUAUCUCUGAAAGAUCAAAUCACUCGUGGAGAAUAUACAUUCAUUUCAAAAGAAUGGAAACACGUAUCAGGCAUGGCUCUGGAUCUUGUGAAGAAGCUGUUAGUAGUAGAUCCGAGCAAACGUGCUACAAUAGAGGAAGCCUUAGACCAUCCUUGGCUUCAGGAUGAGAAUAUGAAGAAUACAUUUCAACAGCUACUUGCUCAGACAAGUGCCACUAUGAAUCCACCGCAAACAUCAAAAAUGUCAGCCACAACGAGAAAGCGUCUGCAUGAAAAUGAGGAUGAUUCUAUCUCAUCUAAGCGUGCUGUUCCUUCUACAUCAUUUCAGAAAAUGAGGAUGGACUGAAUAAGAGGACACAUGAUAUCCAUCUUCCUUACAUUAUAUUUGAUAAGUUCCUGCAAGAGAAGAACAAGGUAUUGGACAGAGAGAAAAUUUUUAAUUUUUUUCUGUAAAGCAAAAAAGGUUUCAGACUGUGUGCCUAUUGAUAAGAGGAUAUUCAUUUCAUUAUACUUUUAAUCAUAUUAAUUUCAUCAUAUAAUUCAAUAAUUUAAUCAUAUAAUUCAAUAAUCCUUCAUUAAUUUAAUGAAGGAACAGUCUAAUAAAAUGCAUGUUUUAGGACAAAGUUAUGAUUAGAGGCAUUUAAUGUACGUGGAUUAGGAAAGAAUAAAGCCGAAUACAUUUCAAAAUAAACCACUGUCACAUAU